AUGACGAAUGCUGCGGCGGCGGUGGAGAAGUUCUUGGCAGAGAACCCAGUUGAUGAACGCGCGGCCUCCGCUCUGCGCAAUGCCACGCCCGAGGUUCAGCUGCAGGCCAUGGAGCGGGGCUCCUUAUCAGAUUGCAAGAACCCUUCCGCGGCGCUGAUGGUCCGCAUCAAUGGCUCGGCGGGACAUUCCUCGCACAACUCGGGGCUCAACCAGCGGGACAUGCAGGGCACGCCGGAGGAAGUUUGGGCGAAGAUUAUGGCUAAGAACAAGAGUGGCCAGACCCUCAGUUCUGACCGACCGAUGCCCAGACCGGCUUUCAAGGCAGGCGCAUGGCCAGGGCACUGGCCGCCUUGGCCAGGCGAUUCGAGUUCGGGUGCUAUUUUAAUUUUACCAAAAAUGCCAAAGAACGACGCUCAUGGUUUAUACACAAUCAUUUUUACACUACACUACAGGGCUUAA